UGCGGGUCUCAGGGAAUCAUGGGAAAGGGCACGGCAAGACCAAGCUGGCUCCAGGUUCUGCUAUUGCUGCUUGUUGGGCUGCAAACUGCAGAAACAGGGCACACGCCAAUGCUGAUGGGCAUGCCUUCCGUGACACAGCUGGUAGCCGGAGUGAGACCAGCACACAACGGGCAGGUCUGCAGCACAUGGGGGACCUACCACUUCAAAACCUUCGAUGGGGACGUCUUCCAGCUCCCUUCCAGCUGUAACUACAUCCUGACUUCACACUGUAAAAGCUCCUAUGAGGACUUCAACAUCCAGCUGAGGCGUCAGGUGGAGGGUGAAGAGCCGACCAUCAGCAAGGUCACCAUGAAGCUGGAUGGGGCAGUGGUGGAACUCACCAAGGACUCGGUCCAGGUCAACGGGGACAACAUCACCCUACCAUUCAGCCAGGCUGGGGUUCUCAUUGAGGCUACAGCGUCACAUUUGAAGAUCACAGCCAAACUGGGACUGACGGCUAUAUGGAACAAAGACGACUCUCUUUUGUUGGAGAUAGACAACAAAUACAGAAACCAGACUUGUGGGCUCUGUGGAGACUUUAAUGGUGUUCAGCUCUACGACGAGUUCAUUAUGAAUGGAGGGACCACCGUAUUCACAAUCGAAUGGAGUGGAAAUGUCUUCAUGAACACAAUGAAGACCCAACUGCCUCUUUUAACAGAUGCUGUGAGCAUCUUUAUGCCAACUUCGUUCUUCCUCAUCAUCGAGACCUCCUUUGGACUUCAGCUGAAGAUUCAACUCACUCCGAUCAUGCAGGUCUACAUCACAGCCAGUUCUGAAAACAAAGGAAUGACUUGUGGACUGUGUGGGAACUUUAACGGCAUCCAGGCUGAUGACUUCAGGACCACCUGUGGGCUGGUGCAGGGCACGCCUGUGGCUUUUGCCAACACCUGGAAGACACGCGCUCAGUGCCCCAAUGUGCACAGCAGUUAUGAAAACCCCUGCAGUCUGAGUGUGGAUAAUGAGAAAUAUGCGCAGUAUUGGUGCUCAAUGCUAUCAGAUCCAGAGGGACUGUUUGCCCCAUGCCAUGCAGCGAUAAACCCGGACAUUUACAGAGCUAACUGCAUGUACGACAGCUGUAACUGCGAGAAGAGCGAGGACUGCAUGUGUGCUUACGGGGACGGCCAUUAUGUGACUUUUGAUGGGAAAAGGUUCACCUUCGAUGGAGACUGUGAAUACAUACUAACUCAGGACUACUGCAGCAACAACGUAAAUGGCACCUUCCGGGUCAUCACUGAGAAUAUCCCAUGUGGCACCACCGGUACCACCUGCUCUAAAGCUAUCAAGCUCUUCCUUGGGAAUAAUGAGCUCAUACUGACAGACGGAAGCUAUGAAGUUAUCCAAAGAGAUACAGGCGAAGAGGUGCCCUAUCAGAUCAGUGUGAUGGGAAUUUAUCUGGUUAUUGAAGCCAGUAAUGGCCUGAUUCUUAUGUGGGACAAGAAGACAAGCAUGUUCAUCAAACUUAGCCCUACAUUUAAGGGCCAGGUCUGUGGUGUAUGCGGUAAUUAUGAUGGUAACGAAAACAAUGACUUCACCACCAGAAGCAACGCAGUGGUUGUUGAUCCUCUGGAGUUUGGAAACAGCUGGAAAGCUUCUCCAAGUUGUCCAGAUUCAGAUUUUACCAAAGAUCCCUGCACAUCCAAUCCAUACAGGCAGUCUUGGGCCCAGAAACAGUGCAGCCUCCUCAAAAGCACAGUAUUCACAGCCUGUCACUCUCAGGUGGAUCCUACUCCAUACUACGAUGCCUGUGUAAGAGACUCGUGCGCUUGUGAUACGGGAGGAGAUUGUGAGUGUUUCUGCACUGCUGUGGCUGCAUAUGCAGCGGUUUGCAAUGAGGCUGGUGUCUGCGUAGCGUGGAGGAGUCCACAAAUCUGCCCUCUAUUUUGUGAUUUCUACAACCCACCUGGAGAGUGUGAGUGGCACUACCAGCCAUGUGGAGCUCCUUGUAUGAAGACAUGCAGAAACCCCUCAGGGUCGUGCUCCAGUCUGAUCCCUGCCCUGGAAGGUUGCUAUCCCAAAUGCCCACCUGCCCAGCCAUAUUUUGAUGAAGAUUCAAUGAAGUGUGUGGAUAAGGAACAGUGUGGCUGCUACGAUAAAGAUGGAAAACACUACAACAAUGGAGAAACAGUUCCUUCCACAGUCAACUGCCAGAAAUGUACAUGUUCGUCACCAAAUAUAAAUUGCCACUACGACGUACACGCAUGCACCUGUGUUUACAUGGGGAACAUCUAUGUUUAUGGUGCCACCAUUUACAACACGACGGACGGGGACGGGAGCUGCAUCACGGCAGUGUGCGGAGCAGAUGGGACCAUUGACAGGGAUAUGUAUCCCUGUACCACCACAACACAGGCACCCACAACAACCACACCAACAACAGUCUUUACUUUCUCUACGCCUG